AUGAAUAUCUUCAUAAUCAAGAGUCCAAUGACUAUAAGAGUGGAUCCGAUCCACCAAAUGGUCGACAAGACCUCUGAGAAAAAUACUGAUCCAUGGCAACAAAUGGAUGGACUCAUCGCUAGUUUGCCGAACACAGAGGCCGUCGCCGCCAACGCUCCAGAAGUGACCGACAGAUACAGCCCUCGCGAUAUGACAGCCAUUAGUACCGGUCAACUGAUCCCAAGACCUAACCGUUACCACCGAUUAUCUCACAAUCAGGAUGUGAGAAUGGAAUGCACUGAUUGGCCGAGCGAUGAGAUAGUGGGAGCGUUUGGGCCAAUCACAGGCCAUUUGAAGGCAUUUCAAACGAAAGUAUUGUUUGAAACGAUUUGUGAAUUGACUCUCACUUUACGAUUCACUCAUUCAUCCAUCCAUUUUGUAAUUGUCUUCACAUCACUAUUAACUGAUCCGAUGGACGACUACGAAGAGCUCGACUCAUUCACUGAGUCACUUAUCCAACGAAACCGCGAACGACAGGCACUUCUUGAGACCAGUUUUCAUACGAGUGACCACUUGUCAGACGAGACACAGAGUGACGGGUUGUCCGACUCGACCACUGCUGACCAGUCCUUGGAUUUAGACACAGAUUUGGUGGGCCGCCCCAACACAUCGACCGAUCGAUUGAAGGAAAGUUUGGCCAAAAUGAGUGGCAGUGAGCGAAGAGUGCCAUUGAAUCAAAGGCUUAACUCAAUCGCGCGAUCCUAUAAUUCAGAGGACACCGAAAAUAUGGGUUUUAUGGACGACGAGGACAACGACGACAAUAACGCGCCGCCCGUCAGAAGUCCCGUCAAAACAAUGAGACAAACAGUGAAUGGUGUCAACGAUUCGCCGCCGAAGAAGCGUCUUCUUCUCAACGAACGUCUCAAUCAAAUCGCCAGAUGUUAUGAUUCGGCCGAUGAUUACGGCAGCAGCGGAUCCGCCACUAAAGCCGUGUCUAAGACUGAGACCAAACUGAAGACCAACUCGUCUCCGAGUAAAUAUCAAUUGAAGUCUUCGCCUAAGAAAUCAAUUGUUGAGACGUUUGCGAAGAGAGACAGCAAAACAGAUUCAACUGAAAAGAAGACUCCAAUCAAUCGCUCGCCGGUUAAGAAGAUAUCAAACGAGGGUUUAGUCCAGAGCUCUGAUAUCAGAGAAACACCGAAAUUAUCUCCCGUUAAGCAAAUGGUUGCCAACAAUAUAAACGAGAAACUAAUGAAUUUGGGUUUCCAUAAAACAAACACUACUCCUAAAAGCCUAAACUGUUCGCCAGAAAAACUGAUCUACAAUUCAAACGACAACAAAAGAGCGGUUCCAGUAGUGAACGCCUCGUCCAAUGUGUCGGCCGUUCGCAAACAAUUUGAACAAAAGAGCGAACAAAAGCCCGAAACCGCAAAACCGGAGACUUUGUCACUGAAAGCGAAAAGAGAUUUGUUUGAAAAGGCCAUCGAAGAGGAAAACGAGGCCAAAAGCAAACAAUACUCGGGCCGUAAACGUAACGCACCGGUGAUUAGCGGCGAAGCGAGUGUUUCCAAAGCAGUUAAUGAAAAAGUUGUUAAACCGAAAAGUCCAACAAAAUCUGAUCCCAAAACUCCUUCACAGCAGAAGAGUAGCGAAAAGUCGGACGAAAACACAAAUACCUUCUCUUUGAGAAGCCAAGCCUCUGGUGCUGACGGUUGCAGAACCGAUGAUCUCGUAGUGGUUAACGAAGAACCCGAAGAAGACAUGCCGACCAACGAGUCAUUAGUGGACGACGAAACCGCUCAGCAGACAGUUUGCGAUGCUUUUCAGGAGAUUGAGGACUACACUAGCGAUCAUUCAGACGAUGACAUUAGUUAUGGUAUUAAUACGCGUAAAAGUGAUCCAAAACUGAUGAUCGAUAAGAAUGUGGACAUUGAGUACGAAAGUCCGUCGAAGAAGAAUCGAUUGUAUCCGCAGUUAAUGAUUGAAGAAGAGGACGAACUCUGUCCACAGGCCUACACUUACGAUACCUAUGAAGAGUCGACUCCACCGGUAAAACCUCCCCGCCAAAUGCUACUCGGCGUUGGCAGCUGUAGCUGCAGUUGGGGAAACGCCUGUUAUUCAAAGAUAGCCUCUCUUGUUUCGCGAUUGAAUCGUAAGAUUCAGAAGCGAAUCGAUCGCUUGAAACUAGAAGUCGAAGAACAGAAUCAGAUCGCGGGUCAGGCGAGUCAAGCGCUUAAUCUAUGUCUUGAGAGCAUUGAGUUUAAAGGAUCGGAACAACACGUCGAAGCGGAGAAAGUGCUUCUGGUCUGCGGACAAAAACGGAUUGCGUUUCUUAAUGAGAUCCAAAAACUGAAGAGCAAAAUGAAUGAAACAACUUUGGAAAAGGAGUCGACCAAAGGUUCCCUCACUCUCACCAAUCUUAGAGUCCCUCUGAAGGCCGAAUUUCUGGUGGCGCGCGCUAAGCAAACCGUUCCAGAAGUACAUCACUUUAUCUGCAUUGUCUACAAUGGGGCCAAUGUUUUCGUCACAAAUGUAUUGAAUACCGACAAAGACCUCAAAAACGGUUCUUUAGAUUUUGAGUUUGGCGUCUGUUUGCCUGAACUGAACAGUGAUUUUUCAGUCGUUAUCCACAUCUAUGACUUGAUUACAAUGAAGACACAGAUCAAGAAGACCCCGAAGAAGCACAAGUCGACAAUGAAGUCGCCGAGUGUUCGCAGUCCCGGCGGACCCAACGCUGUGCUCAGCACUAGUUUCCAAUUGAACGGCAUUUUCAAUAUAAAGAUCUCUAAUUAUUAUAAGAAAUCGUUUAAAUUAGAAAACUUUUCGUUCAAUUCUCCGCUCGAAGGCGUCAUUAAUAUGAAGACUGAACUAACGGUUGAACACAACUACUAUAAGGAGGGCUUUUUCGACGUUCGCGACGCCUCUGGCUUUUGGAACCUUCGAUGGGUUGUCCUUAAAGGCCAUCGAUUGGGAUUCUGGCGGUUCCCCGAAGACGUGGCCUCCAAGUCAGCGCUCGGCUCUAUAAACCUCAAGGAAUGUAUUAAUCCCAUUGUAGGAGUCGUUCGCCAGACCUCAAUGCGUCCCAACUCUAUCGCACUGAUAACCGUUGCGAACGCUCCCAAAGAACUCUUCACGAAAGGCGGAUCCAUUCCUCGAAGUCGUCCCAUAAAACAUUUGAUGAGCGCUGAGAAUAAGGAGGAGAGCCAAGAGUGGGCCCAACAUAUCAGCCGCGCUCUCAAUGGGAUCCGUAUUUGGAACUCAGAUACAGUAAAACCCUAUCGUAUCGAAGACCAAAACGGAUCCAUUAAAUGCAAGAAGUGUUUGGUUAACAAUGGAUUCGUUUUACUGCAACGAAAGGAUGUGUUUUGCGGGGACUGUCUGUCAGACUAUUGCAGUCAUAAGUUUCGGUCAACAAUCGGCAAAUCAAAGGCCAUUCAUAGCGGAGAGCGAGUGCUCAUCGCCUUCUCGGGAGGCGUUAACUCUUCAGCGAUGGUCCGUAUGAUUACUGAUGGCUUAAAGGAAGUGCAGCACAAGAAGUUGAGAUUUGUUCCCUCUCUCGUUCAUAUCGAUGAAAGCAUUUUAAGUGAUGAACCGAUUGAACGAAACGAAUCGAUAAUCAAAGAGAUUAGAGAUCUUAUGUUAGACACCAAAUGGCAGUGUUUUGUGUCUUCACUACACAUGUCUUAUCGCGAAAAUGACACCAAUUUUUAUACCGAUUUAAUCCAACAAUCAGUCGAUAGUCAGUCAGACAAUGAUUGCCGGAAAGCAUUCAUGGAUUCAUUUUCAGGCAUAAAGUCUUUGACUUCGAAACAAGAAUUUGUUAAAAGAAUGCGUAAUCGACUCAUUGCUGACAUCGCAUACACCGAGAAGUUUGAUAAGAUAUUCUUCGCCAACAAUUCAACUGAUUUAGCCAUCAAUUUGAUGAGUGAUGUGUCGGUCGGGAAAGGCAUUCAAUUGCAAUCGGAAGCGGCUUUUAUUGACGAAAGAAAUGAAACCCCAAUUCUGAGACCAAUGAGAGAAUUGACUGCAAAAGAGAUCACGUUUUAUGUCGUUUACCAAAAGCUUCAUUUCGUUGUGACUAAGAAUUUGGCGACAAAUACUUCACUCAAGUCUAGUAUUCAACGAAUGACUGAAACUUUUCUCAAUGGAUUGCAAUCAGAAUUUCCGGCAACUCUUUUCACAAUCAUUAAAACGGGCGACAAAUUGAAAGUUUCUGACUCUCAAAGUCAUUACAAAUGCAUUGUUUGUAAAGCACUUCUUGAGACCAGUUUUCAUACGAGUGACCACUUGUCAGACGGGGCACAGAGUGACGGGUUGUCCGACUCGGCCACUGCUGACCAGUCCUUGGAUUUAGACUCAGAUUUGGUCCCAAAAUUGAUGCCACAAUUGACACCAAAUGUGACCCCAAUUGUGGCCAAAUCGGUGACCGCUUUGACGAAUGACAACAUGAGAAACAUUGCGUCCAACGAGUCGUGUCCGGCGGCCAACACUUCGGCCGAUCGAUUGGUGGAUAGUUUGGUCAAAAUGAGUGGCAGUGAACGAAGAGUUUUGCUGAACGGUAUAGGCUUUAACCGGAACGACGAGAACAACGGCGGGGCUCUCGUUAAUCCCGUUGUAGCGAUGAGACAAACAGUGAAUGGUGUCAACGAUACGCCGCCGAAGAAGCGUCUUCUUCUCAACGAUAAAAGAGCGGUUCCAGUAGUGAACGCCUCGCCCAAUGUGUCGGCCGUUCGCAAACAAUUUCGGAGCGGACAAAAGCCCGAAACCGCAAAACCGGAGACUUUGUCAGUGAAAAAGAAGAGAGAGUUAUAUGAAAAGGCCAUCGAAGAGGAAAACGAGGCUAAAAGCAAACAAUACUCGGGCCGUAAACGUAACGCACCGGUGAUGAGCGGCGAACCAAACGUGAGACAACUUCCGGGAGUGAAACUCUUCGGUUUGGAGACAACGACUGGCAACUCAUACAAGAAAGAGCCCGAAAGUCGUCAACAAGAACUCGAACUACUGAAGCGUCCGAUUAAAGCGAACCAAUCUGUCGAACAGAGAACCGAUGAUCUCGUAGUGGUUAACGAAGAAUCCGAGGAAGACUUCGCGACGAACGAGUCAUUAGUGGACGACGAAACGGCUCAGCAGACAGUUCAGCAACAUAUCGAUAAUUUGUAUCAAAAGAUCGACGAACAGAUUCAGGCCGCGGGUCAGGCGAGUAAAGCGCUUAAUCUAUGUCUUGAGAGCAUUGAGUUUAAGGGAUCGGAACAACACGUCGAAGCGGAGAGAGUUCUCCUCGUCUGCGUUCCAGAAGUUCAUAAUUAUAUAUGUCUUGUGUCCAAUGGAGCCAAUGUUUAUUACACAAAAGUAUUGACUACUGAACAAUAUGGUGCAUUAGAGUUCAAGUUCGACAAAUGUCGUUUUCCUGAACUGAACAGUGAUUUUUCACUCGUUGUCCACAUCUAUGACUUGAUUACAAUGAAGACACAGAUCAAGAAGACCCCGAAGAAGCAUAAGUCGACACCAAAGUCGCCGAGUGUUCGCAGUCCCGGCGGACCCAACGCUGUGCUCAGCACUAGUUUCCAAUUGAACGGCAGUUUCAAUAUUAAUCUUUCCAAUUAUUAUAAGGAAUCAGAAUUAAAAUUAGAAAACUUUUCGAUCAAUUCUCCGCUCGAAGGCAGCAUUUAUAUGAAGACUGAACUAACGGUUGAACACAACUACUAUAAGGAGGGCUUUUUCAAUGUUCGCAACGCCUCUCCCUUUUGGAACCUUCGAUGGGUUGUUCUUAAAGGCCAUCGAUUGGAGUUCUGGCGAUCCCCCGAAGACGUGGCCUCCAAGUCAGCGCUCGGCUCUAUAAAUCUCAAGGAAUGUAUUAAUCCGAUUGUAGGAGUCGUUCAGCAGAUGUCAAUGCGUCCCAACUCUAUCGCACUGAUAACCGUUGCGAACGCUUCCAAAGGCGAAUCCAUUCCUUCAAACGAUCUCAUAAAACAUUUGAUGAACGCUGAGAACAAGGAGGAGAGCCAAGAGUGGGCACAAUAUAUCAGCCGCGCUCUCAAUGAGAUCCGUAUUUGGAACUUAGAUACAGUAAAACCCUAUCGUAUCGAAGAGUUUGAAAAACUUCUCAUUGCUUUGGAUUAA